AUGGAAAUUAAAUUACCUUAGAAAUUAGUAUAAUUUGAUUAGAAUAAUGAUCAAGAUAUCUUUAAUUAACUAGAAGAAAAAAUCUCAUUUGAUGAUAUUAAUUUGCCAUUUCCUCAUUAAUGCUUCAAUGAUUAUAAUUAUUUACACAAUUUAUUAGAAAUAGAUGAUCCCUAACUCUAGUAUUUAGUUUUAGCAUCUGGGUGUGUGAUUGAGCAUUAAUACUUUGAAAUACGGGAAGGAUUUACUUAGAUUCAAUAAUAAGAGAUAAAAUUUGGUUAUUACCUAAGAUAGACCGAAGAAGAGUUGCUUGUUAUGGUGUUUCGCUCCUUUUAUCAUAAGGCAUUUCUAGCUCAUUAAUGCAAAUUUGAUGGCUUUAGCAAUUAGUGCAUAAAAGGAAAUAAUGAUCAUAUAUUAUAACUUGGUAGCAGUUGCAGUACCUUUUAUAGCGAUAUUUUCUGUGGAGAAUAGAAAUUUGACUUUUAUGAAACUUUGUAAAUUUUUAUGAAAGAGUAUCACAUUAUUGCUAUUUUUAUUGCAUUUAAGUAUUACGAUCAGUUGAUCAAACUUAAAUAAGAUUAAAUUUAUAGAGUUUAAAUCAUAGUCUCAUCAAUAGUAUUCCUGCUUAUCUCUAAUUGGCAAUUUCUAGCAUUAGUUUCAAUAAUGAGAGCUUCUUAAUAAAUCAACAUGAAAACUAAAUUAUUUUAAUUAGAAAAGUUAAUACUGUAUUUAACUUUGUUUCAAAUAUAUACUAAUAGUUUUAUUUAAUUGGGGUCGUUUAAUGUUGAAAGAUCCAUAGCCGAAACAAUUAUUUACAUUUAUGUAAUUCUAUUCUUGCUCUAAAUCCUAAGUAUCUUUGUUUUCAAAAGAAUUUCAUUAGUCAUAAUCAUUUAUUUGGUGCAAUAUUAUUUUGAAUACAUCAAAGCAAUGAUAAAAUUGAACACUUUAGUGGAUAAUAGUUUUAAAUUAGGAAUGGUAUUCUUGAACAUUUUGAUAGGAAAUUUGCAGGAAUUAGACAUAUUAACUUUUAUUCAAUUUAAGGAUUCAAUAUUGCAUGUUCUAUUAGGUUAUAAAGUGUAUUAUUUUAUUUAUGUCUAUGCUGCAAUUGUUAUUUUAAUGUUAUUAAAUAAUGGACAUCAAUAACUAAAAUUACAGAAUAAAUCAUAACAAUAUAAAAGAAUCAGUUAUCUAUUUUAAUGUUUUGCUUAAAUUUAACUAUCAUUCCUUUAUUUGCCUUUAGCAAUAAUUUUGGCCUUACUGAAUAAAAUUAAAAACUAUCAGUACACAAUCAUUUGCUUGGAAAACUUUUACCUCUUUUGGAUUUGUUUUUUUUAUUUUCCAACAGAUUUUCCUUUUUUCUCCUUAAUCACAGGGCUUAUCUCACUUUUACUGGAUUCAAAUGAAUUAUUUUAUUAUCUCUAUGUAGAAAUAAAGAAUAUAGGAAAAGAAAUAAAAUUUGAAGAUCUAAAAAUGGCUAUUAUCAUAUCAGAUUUUACAUAAUUGCUUAAAGUGUGA